UUCCCUUGGAACUGAAAAAAUGCUUGUGGAUAAUAUCAUACUCUUCACAAUUUGAACGCCUGACGAUGAUGAUUAUCGAACCAACCAUGGCCGCCCGAUUCUCGGCCCCUGCCCUAUCUUAUAACCGUUCAAUGUGGAGCACAGAUGAUGUAAACGGGCUAGUCCAUGCUGCUUCCUCCCGUAUUGCUCGUGCCUGCUGUCUUGACACGCCAUGGGGUAGAAGUAAAAAAUCCAUUGGAACUCUCUUCACACGACGGGACAAACUUGUAAAGAAUAGAAUUCAAGCAUCAGCAGAGCGUUCAAGCUCAGCUGAGGGUCCUGUAGAGCCAAAUGGAAAGCCAUCUUACCAUCCAUUUGAGGAAAUUGCCGAUUCGGCAUUAGAGAAUAAUGGAGAUGCCAGGCUUACAACAGCAGAAACCGGUAGAACAAUCAUUGAGGUCAACAGUAAGGCAACACUGAUGUUCUCAAGCUUGAUCAAUGACGAAGCUCAUGAAAAUAUUAUUUGGCCUGAUAUGCCCUAUUUGACUGAUGAGCAUGGAAAUAUAUACUUUCAAGUGAAGAAUGGUGAAGAUAUUUUCCAAUCCCUAACUUCAGAAAAUAACUUCGUGCAAGUUAUUGUUGGUGUUGAUACCAUGGAAAUGAUCAGUGAAAUGGACUUAUCAGCUGCUUCAGAAAUUGACUUCGGGAUCGAAGAAUUUGAUAAUCAAGACAGUAGUGAUGUAGAGGACGAUGAUGAAGAGGAUGAAGAUGAAGAUGGGAAUGAUGAUUAUGAUUCGGAAUGGGUUGCAGUUUUUUCAGAUGAGGAUGGGCAAGACGAGGCUGAUGAAACACUGGAAGGCUGGGCGAAAUUGGGGACUAUGCAUUCUUAUUCUGAUCCAAUGUAUUUUGCCAAAAAGUUGGCAGAGAUUGCUUCAGGCGAUCCAAUUGAUUGGAUGGAACAGCCACCGGCUUGCCUAGCUAUCCAAGGUCUGUUAAGACCUGCCUUUAUUGAAGAACAAUCUGUCAUACAGAAGCAUUUGUCUACCAAUCUGUCCAGCAAUACUGACAUGAAUGAACCCAAAGAUAACAGUGGAAAAAAUCUUGGUGUGAUUAAUGGUCAAGUGCAUAAUCCACCGUCAUCCAGAGAUAAUGCAUCACAGUUGGAGAAUAAUGAUAUUCCUGCCAAUGCGAGUUCAUUUUUCAAACUGGAAAUGGUCAAGAUUCAGCUUUUUUCUGCCCAUGGACAUCCGGCUGACCUCGAAGUAGAACACUACAUGAAAGCUCAGCCUGACGCGAUUGCUCACUCAGCUUCUAAGAUCGUAUCUCGUCUGAAAGCUGAUGGAGAAAAGACCACACAAGCCUUGAAGUCUCUCUGUUGGAGAUGUAAGGGCAUACAAGUGGAGGAAGCACAACUUAUCUGUGUGGACUCCCUCGGAUUUGACCUACGGGUUUGCUCAGGAACUCAAGUUCAAACAUUGAGAUUCGUAUUUAAGAAAAGGGCCAUAUCCGAGUACAGUGCUGAGAGACAACUCAAUGAUUUACUCUUCCCCAGAGUCAGCAAAAAUGAAGCAAACGCAUCAAAACGAAAGUUAAAACCUUUUAUGUUACAGGUGAACUCUUGUGGAUUGUUGGACGCAUUUGGCCAAGUGAUUGUGUAUAGCAGGUAAAAGGUAAGGGAAAAGAAGCGAUGCGGAUGCUAUCACAAUUUGUAAUUUUUAUUGCACUUAAUGUUAAUCGAAAGGUAAUGCCUUUCGAUCAGUGCAUUUGUCUCCAUUGUGGACUUGUUUGUAUAUUCUUUUUCAUUCUUUUAUAUUCACAUGAUUCUGGCAUUCUAUUUUACCGAGAACAUGUUCAUUUUGCACAAA